AAUGCUGGCAGCACUGGAUUUUGACAGCUGUCCUUCAAAACAUUCCCGCAUUCGAGCAUCGAUUCCCCUCGUCGUCUGUUCCGGAUUGUCCUCAAAUGGAACAACGAAAGCGGAAACUGUCCCAGCCAGCGAAAAAGUGCAGCAUCGGCCAGCCCAAAUCGCUGUGCCACUCCGACCAACCGUGCGAGCUAUGCCGCGGCGGGGUGAUGGCCGCUUUCGAGCGGAACUCGUUCUUCGGGAAGGAAGCAGAUCGUUUGAGGGUGCUUCGGAUUUGUGGUGGCUGCAAUGGCAUUCUGGACAAGCUGUACACGUUCCGGAAGCAGGCACUUUGCAGCUCCAAGUUUUUGCUGAACCCGAGCGGGGACGACGACGUUAGACCUAGGAUUUGUCGGUUCUGUUUCGUGACCGGCGAUGGGCUGGUUGAGAUGUUUGACGAGCGUGGCGGGGCUUUGGAUUUGAAGCUGCUGGAACAGAUGCGGGAUUGGUUGGAGAUUUUGUUGAAUCCGCGGGAUUCGGUGACCAAGUUGUGCGGGUCCUGCAUUUUGGGUGUGAAGGCGCUUGCGGUGCUUGGUAUCGGUCCUGCGACGGAUAUCGUGUACGUGAAGAAGUCACUUCCAUCGAAGCCCAAAGUCAGCAAAAAAGCCCAGCGGGAGAAGCGCGAUGCUCGCGAAGAAAGCGACCAGAGGCUGCUUCAGCUGUUGCAAGAACCGCGUGAGGGUCGCAACUUUACGGUCCGGACGGCCGAUGUCGAUCCUCGCGUUCAGGUCGUCUUCGAGGAGUACUUUUUCCGACUGUUCAAAUGUCACCCGGACGGAACGAGCGCGUGGAGAUGCGUCCACAAUCGAUUGCGGAGUUGCGCCGCGGAGAUUGGAAUUGACUCUGGGGGAACGGUUGCCACGUUGAAGGACAAGCACCACAAUCACGGCACAGGUGCGGAAAAGCUGCUCGAGUAUCGUCAGGGGAAGGGAAGGACGAGGGUUGACGGCGUGGAGCAGUCGUUUUGGCUGACUUUCGGAGCUUCCGGGAAGAGUCCGUACACGAGGGCGCUUUGGUUGGACGGAUAUCGGUUCUAUCUGGUGAGCAUCGGUCGUGGAGGAGGAACUGGAAGCAAGUGGUGCUGUAACCGGUCGUGGGACACGGGUUGUCGCGUUUUGCUGACCGUGGAAGGGAUCUUUGAGGAGAUUAAACGGUGCGGAACUGAGCACACGCACGACCCGUAUCCGGAAGCUAAAAUCGAGCGAUAUCUGCAGGAUUGCGGUGUGGAUUUGGAAGUUGAGGAUUCACGAGAGGUCGACACUGCGAGCGUUGAAUUGAACCGAUCCCAAAACUUUACCAUGAAGCUGACGGUCGAUCAAAAGGUUCAAAUCACCGUCAACGGACACGACUUCCAGUGGGAGGACGAAGCAGCCAGCUGGUGCUGCGUUUGGCGUGAGAUUCGUCGCUGCCCGGUGCAGAUUCAGCUGAGCCCGGACGGAAAAGAGGCCACCCUAGUCGAUACAACCAGCGAGCACAACCAUCCCGACGAAGUGGUCGCAAUCUUCUGGCAAAAGUUUGGCAAAAAUCUCAUCAGCGACGAGCACGAAAACAACGAUUUCUACUACAGGCUGUCGGGCAAGUCGGAAGAUCAACUAAACCGCAGAAUCGUCUACCAGGGCUAUCGAUACCAGCUGGCCUUCAUCGCCGACAACGGGGACAGCGACUGGAAGUGCGAACAGUGCCAAGCAACAGUCCGAGUGAUGGGUCUGUUCUGGAUCAUUGACUACCGCUGUCUUCACAGCCACGCUCCCUUAACACUGGAACAGCUCGACUACGACCAAGACCUGCUCCCGUACAAGUCAACAAACCCAACCGCCAACAUUCCACAACCCCCCUCAGCCCUUCUAAACCUGCUCUCCGUCGACGAACCCGAACGCAACUUCCAAAUGCACCACCACGAAAACCUCAUGAAGAUCCUCCAGGACGGCUACGAGUACUCCUACUGCUGCUCCAAACCGUCCUACUCCCUCUGGAAGUGCUUCUACGCCACAAUCCGCGGCUGCGGCGCCAUCCUGCACGUGGACAACCACGGCCGAAUCGGCACCCCCGCGCCAACCUCAACCCACAACCAUUCCAUCGAGCUGUGGGAUCUGUACUACCACCGACUUGGCGAGGCCACAAUCCGGAACGAGUCAACGAACGCCCCAACCCCGUUCGUCUUCCUCAUCAAGCCGGACUUCCUACGGCCGCUCCCGCACAUCAUCUACCAGGGCCAUUUGUUCACGAUGAUCUUCAUAACGGAGCUGGGCGAGCGCAGCAAGUGGCGCUGCGUUGGGCCGGAUUGCGGCGUUACCGCGAACGUGACGGGGCUGUUUGAGGCGAUCGUCGUUGAGGGGCUGCCGCAUUGCGAAGAGCCGUUGCGGGAAGAGGAGAAGCGCGAGUGGAUUGGACGGUACGGAACGCCGGAUGAUUUUUAAAUUGUUGAAGUUCGUGUCAAAAUUCGAGUCUCUUUUAGUGUUCUCAGUUUAAGUCGAAUUCAAGCUGAUUGGUUUUAGUUUGUUUGGUUAAAUUAGGUUUCAAACCAAUAGAUUCAUAAGUGCAUAAAGAACGUGCCUUACUUUGAAUUCAAAUUUUAAAUUAUUUGAAAACAAGAUGAACAUUUUAAUACAAUUCUUGUAUAAUAA